AGACCGUUUCAUCAGCAUAAUAUGUUAUCAAGUAAAUAAUAACAAGCAACUACUAUAACCUUUCAACUAUGAUCAAUAUCGUAUUUUGCUGGUAGAGUAUAACAAAAGUUUGAAUUAGAAAUGGCGAUUUCAGUAAUUUUGGUGGCAGUUUGUUGUUUAUUUGUUGUUACCUGUGCAUGGGACGACUAUACUGACUAUUAUGAUUAUGAAGAUGUCACGGUCAUGGAAGUUACAAUCGGUUCUAAAAAGGACUUACAUUGUUUUCCAUUUGAUUCCAUUACAAUUCAAUAUUGGAAACAUAAUGGACAGGAAUAUCAUCAAGGUGAAAAUUUAACGUACUUGCAUUGGAUUGAUGGAGAACCAGGUGCAAUAGAAGUUACGUUUUUAUCCCAGGAACAAGCAGGAAGAUGGGAAUGUUAUUACUACGGCGACGUUUUUGUAUCGUAUUACUUUGUAAUUGUACCGGAUAAAGGCAAACAACAGUUAUGGCCGAUUGAGAAUAUGGAAGAAUCUAGAACAAAUAAUACAUAUAUUGAGACCACAGAAACUUAUAUACCAAGAGAAACCACAGAGGGCACGGUAGAAGUGGUUAAUUCAACGUUAAGUAUAAGAAGUGGGGAAAUUGAAAACGAAGAUAUUCAAAGUGAAACAUAUGACAAUUUUCUUGAUAUUCUUUUAAAUUCUCUACGCAAUCCAUUUGUAAGAGCGGAUCAGAUAAAAGGAAAAUCAGGUGCAAUUACUCUAAACGCUUCUUAUAUAGCUUUAAGUAUCUUUAUUGUAAACUUAUUGACUUUGUAAUAAUUUAUUUUAAUAUUGCAUUUAUCAAUUCAAAAUAAACUUUAUCUUCAGUAGCGAUAA